AGAUGAAGAAUGCUGUUCUUGAAUCUUAGCGUUGUGAUGUUGAAGAAAACUUGAAGAAAGAGAAAAAGGGAAUUGACUUGGGGUUUGGGUUUGUGUAUGUUGAAGAAUUUUACUGAUCUAUUUCUUUUGGGCAGUCCACUGGUUACUUUGCUCUCAAAGACUACGCGUGUUGAAAACAGAAGCCGAUGGGCACCGCUUGUGUUUCACGUCAAGAGAGGGGGAAUUAAUGGGGAAACGAUCAUGGAGGAAGAGAUCUUGCCUGGGGCACACAUAGACCUUAUCCCCAGCACCAUUUUUGGCAAUGACAAUGAAGACAAUCCUGUUUUUGUGUAUGCUCAUAUUGAUGGAAUGGACCGACAAUUGUGGACUCCUAUAGACCCAAGUAUGAUCAAGAAUAAUGCUAAGGUUUUCCUGGGAUUUGUAGAAUUUCGCAAGCCAAUUGAAACUGCAUUUUUUGGUGGACCUACAUUAGGAAGGCUGAGGAUUGUCGUUGAGGUGAAAAAUGCCAUGAAGAAGAUGAUGGAUAAAAUCAUGGGCAGAAACUAAUAAGUUACGUAUAUUUUUUCGCAACACCUAUGGAGAUUACUUCUGAUAAUAUGUUCUGUACUUCAAUUUUCCCUUCACAAGAUCUUUUAGUCUUUUUUAUUUGAGUUUGACGUUAAUUCAACAUGGAUGUCAUGCUUCUACAGCUCUACCUACUCUGCUUAUAAGUCUUGACUUUCUCCCCGUUUUUUUUUUUCUUCAGGAUGAGAAUUCAUACCUCAUCCUAAAUUUGACGUAAUUAUGGCAUUAUGAAUGAACUUCCUUUCUAUUG